UUGAAACCACUCCCUUUGGGCUGACUUCGGUACCGACAUUACUACGAACAGCCGGACAUUACGAUAUAUCCCACCUACAUUUAUUUGUUAAACAAAACUUUAAAGCCAAUUGAACCUUUCGGUCGUUUUUAACAGUCAAACUUUUUGCUCUUGGAAAUCUCCAGAAACUUUUUUCGUUCUUUUCUGUGCGGACUGACAGAGCAGCAUGGUGUUAAAGUCGGAAGAAGGAGUCGUUCCAGACGAUCUCACCCCGGAGGAGCAGCAGGAGCUGGAGAAUAUCCGCCGGCGAAAGCAGGAGCUGCUAGAGGACAUUCAGCGGCUGAAGGAUGAGAUAGCAGUAGUGACGAGCGAGAUCGAGAACCUUGGUUCCACUGAGGAGAGGAAAAAUAUGCAGAGGAACAAACAGGUGGCCAUGGGCCGAAAGAAGUUUAACAUGGACCCCAAAAAGGGGAUCCAGUUCCUGAUUGAGAAUGACUUGCUGAAGAACACCAAGGAUAACAUCGCUCAGUUCCUCUACAAAGGCGAGGGCCUUAACAAAACAGCCAUCGGCGAUUACCUCGGGGAAAGAGACGACUUCAAUAUCCAAGUCCUCCAUGCGUUUGUGGACCUUCAUGAAUUCACAGAUCUAAACCUGGUCCAGGCCCUGAGGCAGUUCCUGUGGAGUUUCCGUCUGCCAGGAGAAGCCCAAAAGAUCGACCGCAUGAUGGAAGCCUUCGCUCAGCGCUACUGCCAUUGUAACCCUGGUGUUUUCCAAUCCACAGACACAUGCUAUAUCCUCUCGUUUGCCAUCAUCAUGUUAAACACCAGUCUUCACAACCCCAAUGUAAAGGACAAGCCGACUGUGGAGCGGUUCAUCUCCAUGAACAGAGGAAUUAACGACGGAGGAGACCUACCUGAAGACCUGCUCAGGAAUCUAUACGACAGCAUCAAGAAUGAACCUUUUAAAAUUCCCGAAGACGACGGCAACGACCUCACGCACACGUUCUUCAACCCAGAUAGAGAGGGCUGGCUGUUGAAGCUGGGAGGGGGCCGCGUUAAAACUUGGAAAAGAAGAUGGUUCAUUCUCACAGAUAACUGUCUUUACUACUUCGAAUACACCACAGACAAAGAGCCCAGAGGCAUUAUUCCGCUGGAGAAUCUGAGCAUCAGGGAGGUUGAGGAUAAAAAGCCUAAUUGCUUUGAACUUUUCAUCCCUGACAACAAAGACCAGGUUAUAAAAGCGUGCAAAACUGAGGCGGAUGGACGCGUUGUUGAAGGCAACCACACCUUCUAUCGCAUCUCUGCCCCCACAGCAGAAGAAAAAGACGAAUGGAUGAACAGCAUUAAAGCUGCCAUCAGCAGGGAUCCCUUUUAUGAGAUGCUUGCAGCCAGGAAGAAGAAAGUGUCUUCACUAAAGAGGCACUAGACUUGAUCGGAUCCUCCAACGUUGCACUUGAAAGAGAAGAGGGGUCAGGCCGUCUGCUUCCUCUGCCCAGAUCGUUGCAGAGUUCAUGGUUGAGGUUUCCAUCAGACCUCUCCAAGGAAUUCUUCAAGAAUCAGCUCUGAAACUCUACAGGCCAGAAGAAAACAGGAAACAUGGUGGAGAUUUAGAUAAUAGCUGCGGUUCAAAGCUUCCUCAAACCUUCUGUCUGAAUGUCUCUUAUUUUUUUUUUUUUCUCUCCAAGCUUUGGAUGUUCUGGGUCUCAGGCAGGAAGGGAAUCCUACAGGUUAAAAUCCCCUUUAAGAAAAGCUUUAAAAGUCAUUCCUCACAGUAACUGUUUAUAUUGGCAAUAUGUUUCUGUAGUCGCCUCUUGCACACUCAGCAGGUCUGACCCAUGUGUGACACCAAAAUGUUCCUCUAAGGUCUUUUCAGACACGCUUUAAUCCACUGAUACAUCUUUGUUCUUCUGCCUUUGAUUAUAUUAAACUGUUCUUGCUCCUCAAGCUGCUGAAGAAUUUUUUAGAUGGAGGGUUGGAAUAGUUAGACAUAUUUUAGUGCUUUUUUUUUAUUUUAGAAAGAAAUUGUAGCUGAAAAACCUUCUGUUACUGAAGGACCUGCCACUCAGGAGAUUAAAUCCCAAAAAAACGAGGACCUCCUCACAACCUUUCUAAACUUGCCGGGAUGGUGUCUGUUUUGAAUUUGACUCUUUAAAAGUUGAUUUUCAAAAUUUCCUGCAGAUUUUCAUUUGAAUGAAUGUCUUAUUAAAAAAUGAGCAUCUUUAUCACCUUUUAGUCCUGAGGAUGCCUGAAACACAGCAGUUGGCUCCUUUUAGGGCCCCCCUACACCAACAUCAUCUAUCUUUGCCUCCUAUCGGAUCAGUUUGCUUAAAUCUGAAUCCAGAACAUGUUUUUACAGGCGCUCAUUCUGCAGAUGACUUAACAUCAGCAGUUAAGAGCAGAACAACCUUUAGCAUUGUUAGUGCAGCGCUAGGCAAAACAAUGCACCUCAUCCUGAACACACCCACCCCUACGGUAGAAUCUGCUGUUCAUGAUGUGGACUUUGUUUCUGCUUCUAGUUUGUAUGCAAGUAGAAAAACCUGAGAAAAGGGCAAAGUUGUAGAGAAAAAGUCUAAGCUAAGAGAAACCAAUAGGAAAUUACAGUAAAUUAUUUCAGUAUUGUCGGGGUUUAGGUGGAGAUUUAAAAGCAGGCCUUCUACAUGUACAUCAGCAUUUGUACCUAUUUCCAGAUGUCCAGUUUGGAAAAAUCUCUGUUACCGGGUAAGAUGGCGAGUUUACCCUUUCUAU